UUCGGAGUUGCUUCACCUGAUGAAGGGAUGUUGUUUUUCAGCUAACAGUGAACGAACUUUCACUUUUUUAGUGGUGUCCUUUUUCUCUCCAGCCCAUGAGCAGAGUUGGAUGUGAGUAAACACUACAAUGUUUCACGCGGCUGUUUGUGCUCCUCUCGUGAUGGGCUGACAGAGACAGAGAGACCAAACCAAAUGGAUUAUCUUUCCUCCAAACUCCACCGGUCACCUGUAGAGUAACUAACGGGCCGGUAUGAUAGUGUCUAACGUUAGUCUGAGCUGCGGCGUGAGCUGCCCAUGGGGAGUCAGUGACGGUAAGACGGUGGUCACGCAGGGAGGAGGCUCAGGUUCUCUGAGUCCUACGGGACAUCUCGUGGUGGCAGUGUGUCUGGGGUUCAUAGGUACAUUCGGUUUCCUCAACAACCUCCUGGUGUUAACGUUAUUCUGCCGGUACCAUACGCUGCGCUCGCCCAUCAACGUCCUGCUGUUGAGUGUGUGUGUUUCGGACCUGCUGGUCUGCGUGCUCGGGACACCGUUCAGCUUCGCUGCUGCUACGCAGGGCAGGUGGCUGAUCGGUAGGGCGGGAUGCGUCUGGUAUGGCUUCAUCAACUCCUGUUUGGGUAUCGUGUCUCUGAUCUCCCUGGCAGUGCUGUCCUAUGAGCGUUGCUGUACCAUGCUGUGUCGGAUGCAGGCGGAUGGUACUGACUUCGGUACAGCGGUGGCCGGAGUGUGUUUCUCCUGGGUAUGCGCCCUGGCCUGGACACUGCCCCCGCUGCUGGGCUGGAGCAGCUAUGGCCCUGAGGGACCAGGAACCACCUGUUCAGUGGACUGGAGGACCCAGACACCCAACAACAUCUCCUACAUCGUCUGUCUGUUCACCUUCUGUCUGUUACUGCCUUUCUCUGUCAUAAUGUACAGCUACGGCAAGCUGCUCAGCGCUAUCAAACAGGUGAGCAAUGUGAGCACGGCGGUAACCCGUCGUCGUGAGCAACGUGUGCUGGUGAUGGUGGUAACCAUGGUAACGUGUUACCUGUUGUGUUGGCUGCCGUACGGUGUAGCGGCCCUGCUGUCGACCUUUGGCCCUCGCAACCUUUUGACCCCUGAGGUCACCAUAGUCCCCUCUCUGCUGGCCAAGACAUCUACAGUCAUCAACCCUGUUAUAUACAUCUAUAUGAACAGACAGUUCUACAGGUGUUUCAAGGCUUUGCUAAGAUGUUCUACUCCUGACCGAAGCUCCAGUUUGAAGGCGUCGUCACCGGCGACCAAAACUCUCGGGACCGUUCGCAAUGGAAACGGACACGGCGUGCCGGUUGUUUUGGCGUCAGUAGGCCCUCCCACUCCGACUGACUCUGCCAACAGUUCCUUAGUGGUAGCGGAUAACCUGCCACCGUCACCUCCCAAAAUCCCUCCCCCGGUCCAAACCACGCCCCCUCUCCAAAUCACUCCCCCGGUCCAAACCACGCCCCCUCUCCAAAUCCCUCCCCCGGUCCAAACCACGCCCACUGCCACUCCCAAACCAAGACUGACCCUCGUAGCUCACUACAAUGGAUAAAGAGAGAAAGGCUUUGUGUUCCCACGACAUGAUGUACGUUAAGAGUAAGAAGGAGAUAUGUCAUGGUAAGAUGGAGGUCUCUCUGAGUAGUAGUCAUUUGAAGCUGUGCAGUAGGUGGUUUUGUUCUUAUCAAUGUGAAUGAUCAGAUCUGUUAGAGGUGAGGAUAAAGUCCCCAGGAGUCACACACACACACACACACACACACACACACACACACACACACACACACACACACACACACACACACACACACUGGCAUGCAUAUACACAGUAACCAGUGGAAUUAUUUGUAAAUGAAUUGUUGAUUAGAUCAAUGAUGGUGAAAAUGUUUAUUUUGAGCACAAAAUUAUUUCUCUGAUGGCUCAGGUCAGGAACAUUGUUCCAGGGUAAGCUGAUCCUAGAUCUGUGGCGAUGAGCAACUUCAACCUGAAGUAGUCUCUCUAGACAGAUGGGUUGCCUCCCACAAUGUACCAAUGUUCAAGCUUAACAUGCCUGUUUGUAUACAACAUCAGUUUGACAUAGAGGAAAGGGCCAUUCGGCUUUCUUACAAAUCUAAUCAAAUCAAAUUGUAUUUGUCACAUGCACUGAAUACAACAGGUGUAAACCUUACAGUGAAAUGCUUACUUACAAGCCCUUAACCAACAAUGCAGUUUUGACACCGCCUGGUAUAGAGGUCCUGGGUGGCCACAGUCACUGCCUUAUCCGCUUGUUGCCAUACUGUAAACAUCCCCCAGACACAAAAUGGUAGCUAGCAAAAUGGAGUUCAGGGAGUUUUUUUUAAUGCGGGCAUUUUGCAAGGGGCUAGUUUGCAUCAACUACCUUCACUAAAACCACUGCAAAUGUUUUGCUUUCGAAUCGGGACGUUCUGGCAUGUCUGCCUCGUGAUUUGUUGGGAGAGUUGUCUGUCUGAAGAGGACCGCCCCCGGAUAGUUUUCCUUUUUUUAAUUUUCUUGAGGUUUACCAAGAGAAUCCGUCAUUAAUCCCAGUGCUGUUGCUGCCCUUUGUCUGAGAUUUCCGAGAUUAAACCUGAACGUGAAGGAUUAGCAUGUUAGCAUUUGGUUUCGAGAGUAAGCAUGCUAGCAACAAGACAAGCAUUAGCGCAUUAGCCUGUUUGUAUUGGGCUUGAAUGGAGAAUUAGUAUGCCAGCAAUGAAACAAGCGUGAGUCUGUUUGUAUUAGAUUUGAAUGGAGACAUAGCAUGCUAGCAAUGACAAAAAUAACUAUUUGCUUUGGGUUUGAAUGAAUGAUUAGCAUGCUAGGGGUAGACCUUACAGUCAGAGAUGGGGAAUCAGCACACCAGCACCUGAGAGGAUUUAAUUAAAAAACACAUUAGCUAUGUCACAACAACAAAUUACACCAAGCUACAAAAAUAGGGCAAGCUUGUUCUUUUAUUCACUAUUAGCUACAUUAAUUAAUAGUAUGUUUUAGCUAUGCAGGAACAUUUCAGAGAGACUGUUUUUUGGCAGAGAACAUAUUAUUUGAUUAGGUUUUUGAUUAUGUUUUGUUGCCUGAAGAGCAGGAUAUUCUGUGCAUUUAGUUGAUAUAAGGAUUAUUGAUGGGUUCUCUGACCCUGUUUCCAUGCUUCGUACAGAAGCACUGAUUGAAGAUUUGAUACACAAGGGGAUUUGAUACAGUGUGUUAAGCAUUUCAUAAUAAGAUAAUUUGAAGUAACAUUUUGUGCAAUUAUAAAUGUUUAUAUAUACUGUAUAUAUAUAUAUAUAUAUCCCAGAGAGAAGAAGAUAAGUCUGUCUGUACAGCCUCUUACAGAGGAUUGGAGAAGGGAAGAGAAGCGGGGAGAGGAGAAGGGAAGAGAAGCAGGGAGAGGAGAAGGGAAGAGAAGAGACGAGACAAAGGAGAAUAGAAGAGAGGCGAAUAGAAAAGGAGAGGAGAGGAGAGACAAGGACAUGUUCUCGCUCCCUAUCACCCCUCAUCUCUUUCAAAUAUAUUCCUCUCCACUCUUUCUUUCUGCUUCCUCUCUUAUUUGAAUUCACAGCUGUCAGAUUAAACCAUGCAUUAUUAACUGAGUUACAGUUUAGGGAAGAGAAUACAUGAAAUGCCCCAUCGGGGCAUAAAGGAGAUAAUGUAGUAGAUACUAUAGUAGAUAAUAUAGUACAUAAUAUAGUAGAUAAUAAAGUAGAUAAUAAAGUAGAUAAUAUAGUAGAUAAUAAAGU